CCGGUUGACAAAAAUGAGGGAGUAUUGAAAAGAAAGACAAAACAAAACCAAAUCUUCCAACUACGAAAUCAAUUAAUUCAUUUCAUUCAUUAACAACAAUGCCAACACUUUCUUCUUCACUCGUUUUCAUUCCACUCUACAACAACAAAUCACAUCAUCCCUGAAAACACACAUACACAACAUUUUCCCGGGAAAAUCAUAACAUAUUCUUCAAAUCUCUCUCUCAUCAUAUAUAUGGGACUCUCCCGCAACUCAUUAUCUCAACCUGAGAUCGACGAUGCCGGCGGUUCAAGCGACGUCGGUUUCUCUUCGAUCCGUGGUCGAUUCCCUUUCAAACGAAACCCUAGCCAUAACCGUAACCGACAAAACUCAUUUUCCGAUCGUCAAUUACCUAGGUCCACCAAUACUACUAGCCGAUCUCAUCUCCAUAACCGUUUUACUCGUAAAGGCUUACUCUCUCUUUUCCCUUUCUUUAAAGGAAAAUCUGGAUUCUACGCAUUGAUUUUCGCCGUUGUUUUUCUAUUUGCACUCGCUUCUAUGGUUAUGCAAAGCUCUAUUACAACCGUUUUUCGUCAGCAUAAUGAACAUUUUAGAAAUCUACGUGAGGAUCUUAAGUUUGGUAGCUCGCUUAAGUUCGUUCCUGGAAAGUUUUCGCAGAGGUUUCUUGUUGGUGAUGGUCUCGAUCGGGUUCGUUCUCAGCCGAGGAUUGGUGUUCGUGCUCCCAGAUUAGCUCUAGUUUUAGGGCACAUGACGGUAGAUCCCCAAUCAUUGAUGCUGGUUACUGUAAUUCAGAAUCUACAGAAGUUGGGUUAUGUUUUUAAGAUUUUUGAAGUAGGGCGUGGGAACACUCACUCAAUAUGGGAAAACAUAGGUGGUGGCCUUUCUCCUCUAAGUACAGAACAACAAGGCCAGAUUGAUUGGUCAAAUUUUGAAGGUAUCAUUGUUGACUCCCUAGAAGCAAAAGAAGCCAUUUCAAGCCUUAUGCAGGAGCCUUUUUGUUCAGUACCAUUGAUAUGGAUUAUUCAAGAAGAUAGCCUUUCAAGUCGUCUUCCAGUUUACGAACAAAUGGGUUGGCAGCAUCUUAUUUCUCACUGGAGAAGUGUUUUUAGCAGAGCCAGUGUCAUUGUCUUUCCAGAUUUUACUUAUCCGAUGUUAUAUAGUGAUCUUGAUACCGGAAAUUUCUUUGUGAUUCCUGGAUCGCCAGUAGAUGUGUGGGCUGCAGAAAGCUAUAGUAAGACCCACACUAAGGAUCAGCUCAGAGAACUUAGUGGAUUUAGUAAAAAUGAUAUGGUGGUUUUAGUUGUUGGGAGCUCAAUCUUCUAUGAUGACCUAUCUUGGGAAUAUGCCGUUGCAAUGCAUUCCAUAGGUCCUUUGCUGACAACAUAUGCAAGGAGGAAUGAUGCAGCGGAGUCAUUCAAGUUUGUUUUCCUAUGUGGUAAUUCAACUGAUGGUUAUGAUGACGCUUUACAGGAAGUUGCUUCACGUUUGGGACUUCCACAUGGUUCUAUAAGGCAUUAUGGCUUGAAUGGUGAUGUGAAUAGUGUGCUACUGAUAGCUGAUAUUGUCCUAUAUGGUUCUGCUCAAGAUGUACAGGGUUUUCCUCCAUUAUUAAUCAGAGCAAUGACUUUUGAAAUCCCAGUCAUUGUACCUGAUUUUCCCGUCUUAAGAAAAUAUGUAAGUUUGUUCUUGUUCUUCUUUUUGUCAUUCACUGAUUUCUGUAACCAUAGCUACAUUUUCAUUGAGCUUUUCUCAACUCAGAUUGUGGAUGGAGUUCAUGGGGUUUUUUAUUCUAAACACAAUCCUGAAGCUUUGAUGAAUGCGUUUUCACUUCUGCUUUCAAGUGGAAGACUUUCUAAAUUUGCUCAAGCUAUUGGAUCAUCUGGAAGACAGUUUGCUAAAAAUGUGCUUGCUUUGGAUUGCAUAACUGGCUAUGCAAGACUUCUGGAGAAUGUACUAAAUUUUCCUUCAGAUUCUUUACUGCCUGGCCCUGUUUCUCAAAUUCAACAGGGAGCAUGGGGAUGGAGUUUUUUCCAGAAUGAAAUAGAACUAGAUAUUGACUUGCUAAAAAUGGAUGACGAUUUUUCAAAUGGAAAAGUUACCGUUGUCCAUGCUGUUGAACAAGAGUUUGCUGGUCUUAAUUAUUCAACAAACAUCCUUGAGAAUGGAACAGAUGUUCCAAUACGAGACGAACCAACCAAAUUGGAUUGGGAUAUUUUGAAAGAAAUUGAAGUAUCUGAAGAAAGUGAAAUGCUCGAAAUGGAACAGAUUGAUGAGAGGUUAGACAAAGAUGUUGGUGUUUGGGAUGAGAUAUAUCGUAGUGCUAGGAAAUCUGAGAAACGGAAGUUUGAAGCCAAUGAACGGGAUGAAGGGGAGCUUGAGAGAACAGGACAACCUGUGUGCAUUUAUGAGACAUACAGUGGUGCUGGAGUGUGGCCAUUUUUGCACCAUGGCUCUUUAUAUCGCGGGUUAAGCCUUUCUAGAAAAUCACAAAGACUAAGCUCUGAUGAUGUGGAUGCUGUUGGCCGUUUGCCACUUCUGAAUGACACAUAUUACCGUGACAUUCUCUGUGAAAUGGGAGGAAUGUUUGCAAUUGCAAAUAGGGUGGAUAGCAUUCACAGGAGGCCCUGGAUUGGGUUUCAGUCAUGGCGUGCUGCUGGUAGGAAGGUAGCAUUGUCAGCGGAAGCUGAAAGGGUUUUGGAAGAGACAAUGCAUGAUAGUUUAAGAGGAGAUGUAAUAUAUUUUUGGGGACGCUUAGACUUGGAUGGGGGUGCCAUAGGCAGCAACAAUGCACUUACUUUUUGGUCAAUGUGUGAUAUCUUAAAUGGAGGGAACUGCAGAAAUGUUUUUCAAGAUAGCUUCCGCCAUAUGUAUUCACUGCCUCCCCAUGCUGAAGCACUACCCCCCAUGCCUGAAGAUGGUGGUUAUUGGUCAGCGCUGCACAGUUGGGUGAUGCCAACCCCUUCUUUCCUGGAGUUCGUAAUGUUCUCUCGGAUGUUCGUUGAUUCCAUUGAUGCUUUUCACAGAGACUCUGGUAAAUACAGCGUGUGCAUGUUAGGCUCUUCAGAGAUUGAGGAAAAACACUGUUACUGUCGAGUGUUGGAACUUCUUAUCAAUGUAUGGGCUUAUCAUAGUGCACGAAAGAUGGUAUAUAUAAAUCCUAACACUGGUUCUAUGGAAGAGCAGCACCUAGUUGAACAACGGAAGGGUUUCAUGUGGGCAAAAUAUUUCAACUUUUCAUUGUUAAAAAGUAUGGAUGAAGAUCUAGCUGAAGCUGCAGAUGACGGCGACGAUCCAAGGGAUAGGUGGUUGUGGCCAAUGACAGGAGAGGUUCACUGGCAAGGGAUUUAUGAAAGGGAGAGGGAAGAAAGGUACAGAAUAAAAAUGGAUAAAAAAAGAAAAACAAAAGAGAAAUUAUACGAAAGGAUGAAGUAUGGUUACAAGCAGAAAUCACUUGGACUAUAAGAAAGCUUAGACUUGAAAUUUACAGACACGAGCACUUAUGGACCCAAUUUGGCUUCAUUCGGGAAAAUUGUCUUGCGAAUUGGAGAAGCUUUGAGUCUAACAACAUUGCCACAUUGGCACAGAUCACAGAGACAGUGUUCUGUUUCUUUCUUCAUUAACCGAAUACGUAUACUAAACCUCCUGUCUCAGAAAAGCUCGAGACAGAGAGCAAAGGAAAUGAGUUUGACAUCUGCUGUUCAUGCUGUUCACCUGUUUCACGACCUUUUUUUAUGGUCAAUUAAGCAGCAUGGAAGAUGCAGGUACUUCCGCUUCAAAGUGUACUCAAUAGUCUAUAGAAAUCAUUCAUCAAUUACAUUUGAUUUAGCUCAAAUUUGUAUUCUUUCAUUUUUGUAUAUUUGGUAAACAUUAGUGGCAAUUUUGAGUAGAAUAAUAGCUGAUUUUUAUUUGAAUAGUUUCAUUAUUAUAAUUAUAAUUAUUAUUAUACCUAA